AUGAGGGGAGUCGCGCGCACAGAACGCUGUGCCUCAGGUACGUUAAAAAUUCGAAAACAGAUACGGCGGUUGCCCGCUUGCGCAUGCGCACUCACGCGAGCCUGUCGCGGGGUGAGCCCGGAAGAGGAAGUGGAAGAGCGGGGUGAAAGGUCAGUGGCUGAGGGAGACAGCAUGGCCGGCAUCCCGGGGAAAGGGAAGAAGCGGCAGAAGGAGCAGCACGAUGCUGAGAGAACGAGCGAAGGGCUUGUCCCUGAGGGGGGACAAGGCAGCGCCCCCGAGCAGGGCCAGGUCCUGUUCCCGCCGUCUUUCAGCGUCUCGGAAAUCAAGAACAAGCAGCGGCGCCAUUUCAUGUUUCUGCGCUGGAAGCAGCAGCAAAGGAAGGUGCGAGUUGUGAGAGGGAGGGAGGGAGGUUGGGAAGAGGGGCCGCUGGCAGAUGAUACGUCGCAGCUGUCCGGAACUUGGGGAGCCUGAAAUGAGGAGGAGGGAGAGGGAUGGUUGGAAGCUGUUGGGGCGUUUAAAGGCGCACACGUGGUUGGGGGGGGGCGAUGAAGUAUUAACAAAAUACCGAGACUGGGGCAGGGAGAUGCUUCGUCGUGAGAGGGAUCGGGAGGUACUGUACGUCUUUUCGUUUGAUUUCGGUUGAUCAGGCCCGAUUUCAAGUGCCCACUCAGAGGCAAAAACUCAAAUCGAUGGGCUGGGCAAGUCAGUUCUCUCAGAUUGAGCCACAGGGUGACGGGGGGGGGAGAGAAAAUGGGAUAACACUACUGUGCACAUCCUGGAAGAGAGGUAGGGAAGAAAUGUGGCAAGUUCUUCUGCCUUUAAAACUUAUUGUUGAGAGCAUUGUAUUGAGUUUUUAUCUCAUCUAUGUGAUCAGUACCUGAAUUUCUGUAUAUACUAGCUUUGCUAUCGUUCGUGAGAAGGCUGUGCCUGUUCGUUCAUUCUUAGUGGCCAAGUUUAUCAAAACGUUUUGUUUUCUUUCUUUCCCCCCUGUAUGGUCCAGGAGAAAUUAGCCAUUAAGAAAAAGAGAAAAAAGGAGCGAGAAGCACUUGGAGACAAGGUAAAGGGGAAGAAGUAGGAAUUUAAUGUGUCUUAAUAUGUAAAGGGCCAUUCACGGAUGACUCUGGGGUUGUGGCGCUCAUCUCGCUUUAUUGGCCGAGGGAGCCGGCAUACAGCUUCUGGGUCAUGUGGCCAGCAUGACUAAGCCGCUUCUGGCGAACCAGAGCAGAGCACGGAAACGCCGUUUACCUUCCCGCUAGAGUGGUACCUAUUUAUCUACUUGCACUUUUGGCGUGCUUUCGAACUGCUAGGUGGGCAGGAGCUGGGACCGAGCAACGGGAACUAACCCCGUCAAGGGGAUUCGAACUGCUGACCUUCUGAUCGGCAAGCCCUAGGCUCUGUGGUUUAGACCACAGCGCCACCUGUGUCCUGUCUUAAUAUGUACUUUUUUAUUAAUAAAAGUAAACGUUCAUUGACUUGCAACUGACUUUGUAGAGUUUAUUUUCUCUUGUACAGUGAAUUCCUGAUAUGUGUACAUUUGUUGUAGCAAGUGGUCUUAGAAAACAUUCUCGCCAUUGGGUGCAAUACCAUUGGAUAGAUAGGUUAUGUGACUGUGGGGACUCAAUAAAAUACUAGACCUGCAGGGGCCUUCAUAGCCUAUGUAGUCCAACCUCCUACUCAGUGCAGGAAAUUAGAACUAGAGCAUCCCCAACAGAUGGCUGCCCUGUCUCAGCUUGAAAGUGGAGAGCCCAGUACUGCUCUAGAUAACUGAUUUCAUCAUCAAACUGCCCUCUACCCAGUUAACCAAACUUUACCCCCCUGUAACACACACACACAAUGUUUUCACAUUAUGGAAUCACACCAUCCGUAACAGAGAGGUGAUAAUACUAUUCUGCCUUACGUGGAUAUUAUUGCAAAUAAGAACAUCUUCCAGGCUUGAGGGAACCUCCAAUGAAAAAUUGCUGAAUGGGAGCUCCUUGGUAUGUUUAUGAAUGGUGAAGGGUAGCAGAAGUUCCAUUAUUUGCAAUAUGUGACUGUAAGCACCCACAAUUUGACCACAAAGCCCUGGCAUAGUAUUGCUCCUGGGUGUUAUGGGGAAUUGAAAAUGGUUGACAGCAGUUAUCUCCUGCUAGAUAAAAACUGGAAAAAUGUGGGUAUGGGUCGAAGACCCAAAGCACGAGAGCCUUCAACCCUGGUAAGACCCUUGGCAACUGAAAGUGAAAGGCACUGACAGUGGGUUUGAGUACUGAUCUGCAGCUGCAGACCUUUGAAAAGAUGCAAUGUGAUAACCAAAUACUAAGGUGGUGUUGCCAUUUUGGUAGCCUUUUCAUGCAUUACAGAAGUAUUAGUGAAUUUUAUUCUGUUGUAAGAAAAACAGUUUUGGAGCACAACCACUGCUUGCUUGUGUGCAAAUGUAAUACAUUUUAGUAAUUGCAGAAUUUUGAUAAUUUCUAUAGUUAUAAUUCUGUUUCGAACCUUUAAACAUUCAGAAAUUAUUAAAAUUGAUUACACUUGAUGCGAGCACAUUGUUUUGAGUAGCUAAUAGAAACUUAGCUACUUUGCGGUACUGUUUCAGAAAACAGUUACUUUUUGGUGUGAGUACAUUUUGGCUAAAGGAGGUCCUACUGCCAGACUUAAUCAACACACUUAACACAGUCUGUGGAAUGCUCUUCCCAGGGAGCUUCAUUAUACAUCUUUAGGCGAAAGAAGUUCCUUUUUAACCAGGCCUUUGGUUGAUUUGAUUGACAUCCUAUGUCCUUUUAAAAUGUGGGGGUUUGGGGGGGGUUAUUGGGUUUUUAUUUUGAUUAUAUAUUUUUUGGUUUUAUAUUUUGAUUUUGUUCUGUGAACUGCCCUGAGACCUCCGGGUAUAGGGCAGUAUAUAAAUUAAAUAAAUAAUAAUAUUUUUACUUUUAAAAACUACUGGAGCAGUUGUUGGAAAAAGAGAUGACAUGAAUAUUUAUUAUUUUAUAUUAUUUUUAUUUCUUACAGGCACCACCAAAGCCGGUACCAAAGACAAUUGAAAACCAGCGUGUAUAUGAUGAAACCACAGUUGAUCCAAACGAUGAAGAGGUAGCACUAUUUGAGAAAACUAUAGUUUCCCUUAAAAUGUGCCAAUGUCGAAUAACAUUUCCCUUUUGUAUAUUCUGAAUAGUUUUUGCAUGAUUACAUUUAAUAAAUAAUCAAAGUAGAUGGAUGUGGAUAAAAUUAUUUAAUUCCUUUUUUCUGUUUUGUAAUAGGUUACUGAUCAAAUGUUAAAUUUUCAAGCUGGUAGAGCCUAUUUCUCAAUAAAAUAUUAAACACUGGAUUUUUAUUUUGCAAGAUAAAGCAAGUUUCCCUAAGAUUUUUCUCAGAAGGUCCCAGGUUCAAUCUCUGAAAUCUUAAGUGAUCAGAUAGCAGAAGGUGUGAAAGAUUGGAGCACUGCUGCAAGUUAGAUAAGAUAAUAAUGAUUUAGAUGGGCACACACAGUCUGGCCUGUCUUAAGGCAGCCUUUUAUGGUCCUGUCUUGAAAAUAUACCUGAAGCAUCUGCCUGACGGUAGAUAAAAAGAAGUGCCUCUGAGCCUUAUGUUACAGUCUUAUUUUAAAAGGCCUCAUAUGUGUGGCUUAAUAUUUAAAGAUUGUUAUCCAAAUGUCUACAAGUAUAUGUAUGGUUCUGGUAUGAAGUGAUUACCGGCUGCUAAAGGUUUCGAUUUUUAGCAUCAUCAUCAACAACAAAAAUACUCUUGUGUGAUUUCAUGCAAUAUUUAUCAUUUUAUAUUUCCAGGUUACUUUGGAUGAAGCUACAGAUGAAUUUGCACCCUAUUUCAACAGGCAGACGGUUCCAAAGAUUCUUAUCACGACAUCUGACAGACCCCGUGGGGUAAAAAAAUACUUUUAAAUAAAAUACAGUGGUACCUCGGGUUACAUUUGCUUCAGGUUACAGACUCCGCUAACCCAGAAAUAUUACCUCAGGUUAAGAACUUUGCUUCAGGAUGAGAACAGAAAUCGUGCAGCAGCAGCAGCGGGAGGCCCCAUUAGCUAAAGUGGUGCUUCAGGUUAAGAACAGACCUCCAUAACGAAUUAAGUUCUUAACACGAGGUACCACUGUAAAAAGAAAGAUGGUAAAAGCUUGUUAUACCUAGCUUAUACGUAAGGUCAGGAGGCAUAACAUUGCGGGAUUGUUUAUUUGCUCCAGAUUUCUUAUCAGUUUGUAAAUUAUAAUGUGUAUGAUCUACUGCCAGUUUCUUCUUUUUAAAAAAGAAUGAUGCACAAUAAUCUUCAUAUAACCUUAAAAAUUGAAGUGCAGUGACCCAUUCACAAAAAUCACAUGUUUGAAGAAAAACUCACUUAAAAUAUUUGGUGGCUAUAAUGGAAGAAUAACUUGAUACAUAUAUUUUUUUUAGCCAAGAUAUCAGAAUUAAUUGGUUAUCUGCUAUAUUUUCCCCAGAAUUAUCUCACCCAACCAAGUCUUUUGCAUAAACUUUUUUUUUUUUUUGCAGAGAACUGUGAGAUUCUGUGAACAGUUAUCAACUUGUAUUCCGAAUUCACAUGUUUACUAUCGAAGAGGACUGGCUCUAAAAAGAAUUAUUCCACAGUGUAUCUCAAGGGACUUCACAGAUCUGAUUGUUAUUAAUGAAGAUCGUAAAGUACCAAGUAUCCUUCACAUAUGAGACUCUCUUUUAUACAGUAGUUAUUAAUGUUACUGUUGGUAAUUGCUGUCCUUGGCUCUUUGGAGGGUGGGAGGGCAAGAUAGAUAAAUAAAGAUAGCACAAUUAGAUUAUAAGCAAAAACAGCAUUUUAGUGGUACUUAAGGAUGUGCAUGUAUGAUAUGUAAUGUGGAAACUGCAGUUUUGCAUAAAGUAUAGAAUGGUAAGUGCAAUAAUUAUUACUCUUGUGCUGGAUAGUCUGUCACUAUUUUAAGUUUCUACAGAAGCUGCCUUUGUACCGGGUGCUUUUAUGUGAAAAUUAUUUAAUUAUGUUUGUCUUAACUCUGUUGGAAUAGAUGGGCUUGUGUUAAGUCACUUACCUGAAGGUCCAACUGCUCAUUUUAGGAUGAGUAGUGUUCGUCUGCGUAAAGAAAUAAAGGUGAGUUUAUUUUCACAAGCAGAGUCUUCCAACUUGCGAGACUGUGUGCUCAGUGUAAUACUCUGCUAUUUGUUCUAGCGAAAAGGAAAAGCUCCCUCAGAACAUCAGCCUGAAAUAAUCCUGAACAACUUUACAACACGAUUGGGCCAUUCCAUUGGGCGGAUGUUUGCUUCUUUAUUCCCUCACGAUCCCCAGUUCGUUGGUAGACAAGUAGCUACAUUUCACAAUCAGCGUGACUAUAUAUUUUUCAGAUUCCAUAGGUGAGUGGAAACUUGUGUUGCAAGGUAUGAGAACUCGCUGCGCUUGACAUUUUUGCUAAUGUUUCCCAUCAUCUUUUAAAGAUACAUCUUCAAAAAUGAGAAAAGGGUGGCAAUUCAAGAACUGGGCCCACGUUUUACACUGAAAUUAAGAUCUCUUCAAAAGGGAACGUUUGAUUCUAAAUUUGGCGAAUAUGAAUGGAUUCACAAGGUAUUAUAUUUCAACAAUCUCUUAGCAAUGAAGGAUUCUGUAUAUGUAAGAAAUGUCAAGAGGCUAGACAAUUUACAGGGUGCAAAUAGUAGUGCACUUAAUUGGGUAUGCAACAUCUUUCUUCUACAAAAUAUUUAAAAAUUGCCUUGAAAUUGCCAUUCCCAUAUUCGUUUUCCUGAAUAUGGAGUGACAGAGUUUUAUAUAUUUAGCUUGGACAGCAGCCAGAACGCAAAGAGCCAUACAUCUAGUUCAUGUGUACUCUUUGUUCCAUGGCAAAACCAUAUUUUGGGGUAGUUUCAAGGUUGCUUUUUUAAGGCAUUGGAUCAGCUGUUGAGAGAAUUCCAUCUUCCUUUGUGCAGUUCCUAAAGUCAAGCAUCUACAGAUUUGGGCUGGCUUUCAUUACCAAGCCAGAAGUUUGCUUGUGAGGGCCUUAUCCAUAUCAUUCACUGUACUUGUCAGCACCUUGUCCAUUUGAGGCAAUCCUGUUUUCAAUUAUGCUUGUUCCUAGGUACAUCUACCUAUUUUAAUGUAUUAAUGGGCUUGUCUAUAACAAAGCAACCAGGGCAAUUUGCCGAGCAAAAAUAAUUUAACUGGGAGUAAGGUCCAUUGAACACAGCAAGCAUGCACAGGUUCAUGCUGUUGGUCACUAGUCCUGUGCCUUUUCUAUUACUGUGGUUGGGGACAACCCCAGCUUGCUUUCUUCAGUUCCAUGUUUAGAGCUGAAGGGGCAAGCAGGCAGUUCCUGCAGUUGCACUUCAUAUUAGGUGGUCACAGAAGCCCAGUGCAAUUGUAGGGAUUGUCCCUUCCACUUUCCAGCGCCAAACCAGGAGCAGGGACUCAUUUGGGCAUGUGCCAAAACAAGUCCUUUUUUUGCCUACCGGUGUCAAAGUAAGAUUUAGCUGCCAGCCCAAGUGGCAUCAUCUUGCCAUCUGCCUCGAGCAGCGAAAGUCUUGGGCUAGCCCAGCCAGGAAGCACAAACCAAAUUAUUUGAUGACCUAAAGUGAGGCUGACUUAACUUUUGAUGUGCUUAUGUGGCUACCUAAUCCCCUACCUAAACUCCUUGUAUCUGCCUGGUAUUUAGCAUUCCUAACAUGCAAAAAAAAAACAAAAAAAACCCCUAUUAAAAUUGUUUAAUAUUUAAUAAUCUGUCUCUUACUCACGACCGCUUUAUCUUUUAGCGCCGUGAAAUGGACACAAGUCGAAGAAAAUUCCACCUGUAACAGACUAAGAAUGCAAAACUGCUGUUUCAUUUUCUGCUGAGUUUUCAGGAACACGGGUUGCUAAGGAGUUGCCUCAAGUCUAUUCUUGGUCUACACGGAAAACCCCCAAAUGACUAUUUUCACCAGACUUUACAUAAGCAUCAGUCGAACUACCCAUCUUCUUCAGUGCCUUGAGUACAUUCCUCACAUCACUGCUACUUUGAAGUGGAAGAUUUCAUGUUACAAUAGCAAGAAAAUGAAUAAUCUGCCAAUAACUUGUAUUUAAGAUAUGAACUCUUAAUCCUGUUCUUUGCAGAGGGCGUUUUGUUUCUAAAGUAGGCUCUGUUUUAGGAGUAGAAUCCUGAUACUUGGAGAACAGCACACAUGCUCAUUCAGUUGUUUAUCAAGAUCAGUUGUCAAAAGUAAAGAUUGUCAAACACCAUUUUCAAUAAUUUGCAAGGGUUGUCUUGUAUCUUAACUUGUAUGGUCACGUAUUCAGUGUUGAUUAAGGUAUGGAAAUACAAGUCAAGUAUUGCAUAAAUCUGUAAUGGGGGAGGGAAUCCAAGUCUCUAUUUAACUCUGAAAAUACAAGAGACAGGAGACAGUGAAGAGCACUGCAUUCUGCUUCAUGGAAGGCAGUGCACCCCAAAUUUCUCCCUUCUUCACAGAAAAACUUCAGUAAGGGUUAAAGGCAUAUAAAACAGGUUUCAUUAAAAACCACUCUUCAUAUAUUGAUUUAAAUAAAAAUACAAUAAAAAAACUUUGCUAAUUUUAAAUCCGAGUAUUACCUUGCAGUUAUUAUUGUUUAUAUGCAAAGCAGCUCAUUUAAGUCCUGGUUUAAUGGUUGUUAAAUGUAUGGCCUACCACCCAUGCACAGCCACAAGGAGAGAGGAAUUUGUUAUUUUAAACUAGCUGUGGCUUGUUAAGUCUUAACUGCCGGAAACUGGUGAGUUUAAACUGUUUGGUCAACAUAAACUUUAAAACAGAGGUAAUAACCCUAAGCAGCUUCCAUCUUAGAAUAAUGCCAAACUGGUUGCUGUCCUCAGUUGUAGAAUCCUUUAACCCCAAGGUACUUGAUGCAGUCCCCUCUAAAUAUUGAGUAUAACUCACAUCAACCUGACAAUUAACUGCACCCAGCAGGGGCUGUGAUGGGAAGUUGGGAGCCCAACAUCUGCGGGGCAACAGGUUGACUACCCCUGCUCUAACCAUUGUAAUAAGAACAAGAAGUGGCAGGCUGCUGCUGCUGCAAGCAGUUUGAAGUUGUCUUGCUUGUGCCAUUUUAGAAAGCUACAUUUUGACAAUGCCCUGUUGUUGUUUUUUAUCUAAUGUGUAAAGCAUUAUACCAGCAAAGUUAUUAAAUCAACUCUUUAUUGCUUGAAUAUAAAAUUGAUUCCAUCAUGAUAACAGAAGUUAUUGCAACUAGCAUACAAGUUUAGAGAGGUAGAUUGUAAGAAGUUUGACAACAGUAGCAGUAUUACUAGUUCUAAGUUGGCACAUUUAACACAAAGUUUCUGUACAGGUUCCAGGUCACUCUCUUUCACUUCCAUAUUCACCAAACCCACAACAGAUUAGAUCUGAAAAACACAAAAGAAAAACUCAUUGCAGGAAAACUAUUUGCUGGUAUGUGUGAAUUCUGAAAACUACUAACUCCUUCAACUGAGCUCUUCUGUCUGCAAUUCCAAAUACAUAGAGCUAAACAAAAUUGCUAAGAUGCAAAAAAACAACAAAAAAAGCAGCUUUCCUCCCAUGUGGCCACUAAAUGUUUUUUAAGUUACAAAGGAAGUUUGCUAGUCAGGCUUAUUUUACUUAGGAGUUGCAGGGAGAUGGGUGCUCUAGGAAGGCUGAAGGCUAGCUAGCCCUCAUCUGUGUAUCUGUCGCUGAGAGAACAUACAGCAGGUUUUCCCCCAAAGAUCAUAUGGCACAUGGGAUUAUCUGCUCAUUCAUAUAUCCUACAUAGACCAGCUUCACCAACCUGGUGCCUUCCAGCUGUUUUGGCCUACAUUUCCCAUCACGUUGGCUGAGGUCAAUAGGCAUUGGACUGCAGCACAAGGUUAGGAAAGGAUGACUGCCCCAGCUCACAGGCAGCCAAGAGAUUUAACAUUAGUUCUAUCAAAAGUCACUAAGAAGUUUUUAAUGUGAAACGGUAAAUGGAGCCCUGUAUCUUCACAAAAUUUAAUUAUUUAAAAAUUACAGUAUGUUAGUAGCUAUGCACAAUUAGUUCUCAUUUAUGAUUCACAAUAACAAGUUCUUAGCCGGGAAACUGGUGAAACUUAAGCUGCACUACUAUACACUUGCCUAGGAGAAAGUCCUAUAGAACACAGUGGGACUUACUUUCUAGAAAGCAUAUCUAGCAUUCAACUCAAGUGGGUGUUAGUAGCAUAACUCUGUAGCAUAAGGAAUGGAACCAUAAUUAUUUUGGGUAGGGUGAGGAAUAUGUUCCUGGGCUACAGCUUCCAGCAUCCCUAACCCUUGGGACAUGCUAGCUGGAGAUGAGGGAGCUGAAGUCCAACAGCAUCUAGAGGGCUGCAGAUUCCCCAUCUCUUUUAUAAAGACGCCUAAGCCAUAGAAUUCACUUAAAAGCUUACCACUAAAAGAGUCCACGUAGGUCACACAAGUUAGAGAAAUGAACACACUUUCUGCGGCCUAAAUGGAUUUGUACUUGAAGAAACUCCUGUUAGUAGGGGGUCAUGAUGCGCAUUCUGCAGGCAAAACUGCUUCAAGUCAGCUGCAGCUUGUGAAACCUAGAACAAAUUCACAUGAUUCAGUAAUAUACUUAAUAGGAUGUUAAUAUGCAUAUACUAAUCAGAAAUCAAAAUGGAUUCCUCACCCCACCCCCCAAGGUACCAGUUGGACUGAUCUGGCCCAAGCCUAAUUGUUUUCCUUCACUGGCAGCAGAUCUCCAAGAAGCAGCACAGCUAGGUAAUUUUUGAUCCUAGACUUCAUGGACGAACCUUCUGACAGCUGGGUGUAUUAUUUGAGUCAUCAAGUACAUAGUAUUUCUUCACCCACUCUACAUGCUUUAGAACAAAAGCUAACAAAGAACAUCAAAUCAGAGCCGCCGUCAUGCAAUCUGGGGAGUAAGCAUAAUCUGGUAUACAAAUACUGUACAUUUAGGGAUGCGGGUGGCACUGUGGGUUAAACCACAGUGCCUAGGACUUGCCGAUCAGAAGGUCGGCGGUUCGAAUCCCCGCGAUGGGGUGAGCUCCCGUUGCCCGGUCCUUGCUCCUGCCAACCUAGCAGUUUGAAAGCACGUCAAAGUGCAAGUAGAUAAAUAGGUAUCGCUCCGGCGGGAAGGUAAACGGUGUUUCUGUGUGCUGCUCUGGUUCGCCAUUAGUCAUGCUGGCCACAUGACCUGGAAGCUGUACGCAGGCUCCCUCAGCCAGUAAAGCGAGAUGAGCACCGCAACCCGAGUCGGUCACGACUGGACCUAAUGGUCAGGGGUCGCUUUACCUUUACCUUACUAUACAUUUGGUAAAGCAAAAUUAGUAAAGUGAGCACCUGUAUUUGUGUACACACUCAGUUGACUAUACUACUUUUUAAAACCAGGAAGGAUGCGGUGAUCUGCAUCAGCCCCCCAUGAGGCCACACAUCAGUCCUACUUAGCACCACUGCCUUUAAGACCAGCCAUCUGAACUCUUAUUAAUGGGAGAUGUCACAGAAGAAUCUGGCACUACACCUCUAACUUGGGGCGGGGGGGAGAUCUGUGGCUCCCCACAUGCUGCCCUCCACCUCUCAUCAGUCCCAGCCAGUACAACCAAUUGGCAACCGUGGUGGGAGCUGAAAGUCCAACAAGAUCUUGAAGGCCACAGGUUGCCCCCCCUCCACUGCAGAACUGUAAGGUAUUCUCAC